CUCGCGGGCGCGCGCUUGUGUGACGUCGCUCGUUCGCUGUCCCGGGUAUCACGGUGCUGAUCCCGUGGCAUCAGCCGCUCCGAGCCACCGUCCAGCGGAACCUGAACUCGGAUUACAUGCGGCGUCCGCGCGGAGAAGAAACGCGGAAGGCAUCGCUUUAACCUUAGGGCGCACACACCUGAACGCGGACCUGAAUGAAUUCACGCCACUGAGGGAUGCUUUAACACAUGUGGCAUGCGACUUACUUCGCAGGAGGACAACUAGAUCCCAAACCCAAUGGAAUUAAUCGAUCUUAUGGCUUCUGACACCUGCUUACUUGCUUACUUUUUUUAAAACUUAAUUCUGAAUGCAAUAUACACGUGCACUUAAAUAUUUCACAAAAGCUUCUUUGUUUCUCCAUUUAAAUUGCAAAAGAUUUUAAGUAACCUUUCUAUAGCGCUUUCUAUAAAACUGAUUGUGUCAAAACAGCUUUAUAGUGUGGACAGAAAAAUAGUUUGUCAAUAAUGCAAGAAGAGGACAGCCGUGUUUCCAGAUAAAGUCAAUUCAUUGAUGAUUUAGUGAUGUCACCGUUCAGUUCAGCUCUCUUCCAAUAGUGUCUGUGCAAAUCAGUCACAGCUAAAUUCAAGCUAGAUUCCAAAAGUGCAAUGAACUUAAAGCAGGUCGCCACUUUAAUGCAUCACUUAAGUUGCAAUUGUAGAGGGUUGCAAUGGCUUUCACGCAUUCGCUCUUCACAGCCUAAAAACUAGCAGGGAGUCCAUCAACGUGCGCUAACUGAUCCAGGACAGAGUCGAUUCUCCCUGUUCUCGGAUGAAGCAUGCUGAAGAGCCGCUGUUGCGUUCUCUUCGGUGACCUCAAGGUGUUCCUGCUCGGGCCACAGGCUCCUACAAACCCCAUGAGCGGACAAACGGCCAGAAUCAGCCCGUUUGCCUCGGAUAACAACACCGCGUUACGAGCCCACCGGCUCCGGCACUGGAGUAUCCCGUCCACGGAGGACGCCGAGGCGGCUGCGGACGGGUGCGCGUGGACGGGUGCCGCGGCGGAAGAGCUCCCCAAGGAUCGCAAGGAUGACAGAUUCUCCUUCAUCAGCUAUGCAGAAGGAACCCCGGUGUGCAGGAUAUGCUUCCAGGGACCGGAACAGGGUGAGCUGCUGAGCCCGUGUCGCUGCAAUGGCUCUGUCCGCAGCACUCAUCAGCCGUGUCUCAUCAAGUGGAUCAGUGAAAGAGGCUCGUGGACCUGUGAACUCUGUUACUACAAGUACCAGGUGAUCGCCAUCAGCACCAAGAACCCGCUGCAGUGGCAAGCGAUCUCGCUCACCGUCAUUGAGAAGGUUCAGAUCGCGGCGGCGAUCUUGGGUUCGCUCUUCCUCAUCGCCAGCAUCUCGUGGCUGGUGUGGUCGUCUCUCAGCCCUUCGGCCAAGUGGCAACGCCAAGACCUGCUCUUCCAGAUCUGUUAUGGGAUGUACGGCUUCAUGGACGUCAUCUGCAUCGCUCUGAUUGUCCACGAGGGCCCGUCUGUUUUCCGUAUAUUCCACCGCUGGCAGGCCGUCAAUCAGCAGUGGAAAGUUUUAAACUAUGACAAGAAGCGAGACAGCGAGGAGCAGAAGAAUAAUGAGGAACUGACUCAUUCGCUGCUCCACCAGAGGGAUCCGUCAGGAGCGGACGUCUCUCCUUCACCGUCUUCACUCAUGGCUGCUGCUGGGACGCCGGCUCUUGACAUGACCGACAGCACGACAAACACCACAGCGGCCGCGCAGGACUCCUACCAGACUGAUGCGCUCGCAGACGGACCGGCUUUACUGGACCAGCACUGUCCCUAUAAUCUCCUGCAUUUACUGAGUCAUCUACGGCCGCACGAGCCACGAAGCCCAGCCAACAACAUCAGCACAAACACCACUAAACCUAGAGAAGUGGUUAUGAGAGUCACCACCGUCUGACUGGAGCCUUCUGAUGGGACUCUUUUCAGCACAGCGUUGGAACUGUCGGAUUAUUUAUGACUUUCACUGAUACUAAUAACAAACAAUAUGGGGUUUUAAUUGCAUAUUCUGAGAUCUAAAGAGCAGGUUGGACGGCUCAUGAAUUUAAAGGGACAGUUCACCCAGAAACGGACAUUCCGUCAUUCUUUGAUGUUCCGAACAUGUAUGAUGUCAUUUGACUUCCUGUGGAACACAAAAGGAGAAUUUAUGAAGAAUCUUAAAGAGAUCAAGGUCAAGCUCCAAAAAGCAUUGUGAAAAUGAAUUGAAUUUGUGUUCUACAGUAAAAAUAACAUUUU